CGCGCGCAGCACCGCGGCUGGAGCGCGAGGAACCGCUACCGCCGCCUCAGUCGCCUCAGUGCCUCAAUCUCUCCAGUCUCCUCAGACUUCUCAGACUCGGUCGCCUCAGGCUCCGCCGCACCGCCUGGAUCACCCUGUCCCCAACCCCCGACCCGGGCCCGGCCCCCCGCCAGCCCGUCCGCGAGCACGCCCUCUGGGUUAUCUACAAGAGAGACGGUCUUCACAUGGUUCCAUCCCACCCCUUGCAGGUGAUGGUGGUGUUGUAAAGUAGUCUUUCACCAGCUUCUGAGAACCACUUCUGCACAUCCCUGUUCUACUCCACAUUCAGUGACAUCAGAUGGACAGUGUCCUCACCCUCGGGGGAAGCAGGUGGGCUGGCAGGACAGGCGUCCACAGGCCGGGAGAAGGAGACACUCCCAGGUAGGUGGAACAAAAGCCAGGCCUUCCAUAAAUCACCAGUUCCAGUUAUGAUGCUCUAAGUUACAAGUCUGAACAUUUGUGUCUAUGGAUCUGCUCUGACUCUUAGAGCCGCUUAUGGGGGAAGGUGACACCAUCUGGGCCCCAUCUAUCCUUCCUCUCGGCACCCUUGGCACCUUAAGCCACCACCCCCAGACGCAUUUUGGGAGAAAGAUGGAGUCCAAAGUCUCAGAAGGUGGCCUGAACGUGACCCUGACAAUCCGCCUGUUGAUGCAUGGAAAGGAAGUUGGAAGCAUCAUCGGGAAGAAAGGAGAAACUGUGAAAAAGAUGCGUGAAGAGAGUGGUGCCCGUAUCAACAUCUCGGAGGGAAACUGUCCAGAAAGAAUCGUGACCAUCACGGGCCCAACUGAUGCCAUCUUCAAGGCCUUCGCUAUGAUCGCCUAUAAGUUUGAGGAGGACAUCAUCAACUCCAUGAGCAACAGCCCUGCCACCAGCAAGCCCCCGGUGACGCUGAGGUUGGUGGUCCCCGCCAGUCAGUGCGGCUCCCUGAUUGGCAAAGGCGGUUCCAAGAUCAAGGAGAUCAGGGAGUCCACAGGUGCCCAGGUCCAGGUGGCUGGGGACAUGCUGCCCAACUCCACAGAGCGGGCAGUGACCAUCUCAGGGACUCCUGACGCCAUCAUCCAGUGUGUCAAGCAGAUCUGUGUGGUCAUGCUGGAGUCCCCACCGAAAGGUGCCACCAUUCCCUACCGCCCAAAGCCCGCCUCCACCCCUGUCAUUUUUGCAGGUGGUCAGGUAAGAGCCGACCCGCUCGCGGCCUCCACUGCCAACCUCAGCCUUUUACUGCAGCCCCCGCCGCUGCCCGCCUACACGAUCCAGGGACAGUACGCCAUCCCGCACCCAGAUCAGUUGACCAAGCUCCACCAGUUGGCCAUGCAGCAAACCCCCUUUCCUCCCCUCGGACAGACCAACCCCGCUUUCCCCGGAGAAAAGCUGCCUUUACACUCCUCCGAAGAAGCUCAAAAUCUGAUGGGCCCGUCGUCAGGUCUGGAUACCAGCCCCCCGGCCAGCACUCAUGAGCUCACCAUUCCCAAUGAUCUAAUAGGCUGUAUAAUUGGACGCCAAGGGACCAAAAUCAAUGAAAUUCGACAGAUGUCUGGAGCUCAGAUCAAAAUCGCCAAUGCCACAGAAGGGUCAUCAGAGCGCCAGAUCACCAUCACAGGGACCCCAGCCAACAUCAGCCUUGCCCAGUACCUCAUCAAUGCCAGGCUGACGUCUGAGGUCACUGGGAUGGGCGCACUCUAAUCCUGCCCAGGAUCUUCCACACCAUGAACCCUGGCGUCCACCUGGCUCGCACGCUCUGUACAGACAGCCCACCCUGUGUCACAAAUACAAAUAGAGGUUUUCUUUACUAACAAAAUGGUCUAUAGAGGUACACAUGCCAACAAAGCAAGUCUAUAUCUACAGCUGUCUGUGAGCUCCAGGCCUGUCCCUGACUCUGUGCAUUCAGUAACUUCUGCUCCAGUCUUCUCACGCGUCCGCAUGCAGCGCUUAUUAUGUUCAGUGUUCAGUGCUUGGGGGCAUUCCCAUCUGUGACAUUUUAGAAAUAUUGCUCCUUAGUGUCAGUGUAACUGUUUUAAGAGUUGAUUUAACAUUUUGACAGCAUUUCUUAUUAGCUGUCCUCUCCUCAUUCUUCUAGACCUGUGGCUGCCCCUCUCUCACCUGGCCCCACCUGCUGACUUUGUUUCCCCUCAUACUCUUGCUUGUCUUGGUCCACAUGUCCAUGCAGGUCUUGUGCAGGUCUCAUGCUGUACCCUUUCCCUUGUCCUGAGGGAAGGAAAAGCAGGUGCCGGAACCUGACCUGAGAAGUGGGAUGAAGGAGGUGCUGGGCUCUGAGUUCACAGAGAUGUUAUGUGUGGGGAGGCCACACAUGGGCCUUGGGCAGCUUCCAGGGUGGCUGGAGGAUUCAGACUGGCCAGGAAGCGCCUCUGCACCAUGUCGGAGUUCAAUAAAUGUCGUGGGCUGCCCCCACUGGCUCUGG